UACAUCGAUCUAUCGAUAGUUAAUAGACUGGCCAAUGUUUAUUGUUAUAAAAUAAAUGUUAAAAAUAAACAAUUAAUCACUUAAUAUAAACAAAAACUAGUGCAAGUAGCAAGUGCGUUGUAAAGACGACCCUGCCCUUCGAAUUUCCUUAUUGCGGGCAUAAAACCCCUACAACAACAACGCCACCAUCAGCAGCAACAACAAUAAGCAGGAGAUUCAGAUUCGCAACGCAAUCAAAACGAAAUAAAAAAGAAGGAAAAAAACUACAAGGCGAAACGCAUAAAUAACUAGGGGAACAAAUAAUAGUAAUAAUAAGACUAAAAGCAAGUGGAAAAGUACGAAAGCGAAAAGAGAAAACAUAUGUACGUUGCGUGAGAGUGACGUGUGUGUGUGUGUGUGUGUGUGAGCGAAAGAGAAAGAGCGAGAGGGGAGGCGAGCAAAAACAAAAACAACAUCACAGCAUAAGCGAGACCUUGAAAACUUUAAAAGCAGCAAAAAACAAAAACAACAAAACAGCCAAAAAUAAGAAACUAAAAGCUGAAAAAGUAAUAAAAAAUAGUUUACCCGAAAAAAAAAUCCAUAUAACAUUUCUAGAAGUGCGGAGCGUAUACUCUGUUAUGGAGAGUGACGAUUUUCAUUUACCGCAAGGCGCCAAUUAAAGGGGAAAAUCCAUAAACCGAGGAUUACAAGUGGAAAACAAGGACGCAGAAACGCCAAAAAAAAGACCAAAAAUGGCAGCAGCAGAGGCGGGCAACACGGGCACCACAGGAUCAGCUGGCUCCACAGGAUCGGGAUCGGGAUCGGGAAGUGGAAGCUCCUCAGAUCCAGCGAAUGGACGGGAGGCCCGCAAUCUUGCCGAGAAACAGCGACGUGAUAAGCUUAAUGCCAGCAUCCAGGAGCUGGCCACCAUGGUACCACAUGCAGCCGAAUCCUCCCGUCGCCUGGACAAAACCGCCGUCCUCAGAUUCGCCACCCAUGGACUGAGACUCCAGUAUGUCUUUGGCAAAUCCGCUUCCAAACGUCGCAGGAAAUCCGGCCUUAAGGGUUCGGGUAUGUCCGCCUUACCUGUCGGAGAUCUACCCAAUCCCAGUCUGCAUCUAACGGACACUCUAAUGCAACUGUUGGAUUGCUGUUUCAUCACUCUAACCUGCAGUGGCCAAAUUGUUCUGGUCUCCACCAGCGUGGAGCAGCUAUUGGGCCAUUGUCAGUCCGAUUUGUAUGGCCAGAAUCUGCUGCAGAUCACUCAUCCCGACGAUCAGGACCUGUUGAGGCAACAGCUAAUACCCAGGGAUAUAGAGACCCUGUUCUAUCAGCAUCAGCACCAGCAGCAGGGUCACAACCCCCAGCAGCACUCCACUUCCACAUCAGCCUCGGCUUCGGGCAGUGAUCUGGAGGAGGAGGAAAUGGAGUCGGAAGAGCACCGUCUGGGGCGGCAGCAGGGAGAGGUGGACGAAGACGAGGAUCACCCCUACAACCGACGCACACCCAGCCCGCGGAGAAUUGCCCAUUUGGCGACUAUUGAUGAACGGCUACGCAUGGAUCGCCGCUGCUUUACCGUCCGUUUGGCAAGGGCUUCUACGCGAGCGGAGGCCACUCGUAAUUACGAGCGGGUAAAGAUCGACGGCUGCUUUCGACGCAGUGAUUCCUCCUUGACUGGAGGUGCCGCUGCCAACUAUCCGAUUGUUUCCCAGCUGAUACGGCGCUCGAGAAACAACAAUAUGCUGGCUGCUGCUGCAGCUGUGGCAGCAGAAGCGGCGACGGUGCCGCCCCAGCACGAUGCCAUUGCCCAGGCGGCGCUGCACGGUAUCAGUGGCAACGAUAUUGUCCUGGUGGCCAUGGCCAGGGUGCUGAGAGAGGAACGGAGGGAACCGCCUGAGGAGACGGAGGGAACCGUGGGCUUGACCAUCUACAGGCAGCCAGAACCCUAUCAAUUGGAGUACCAUACGAGGCAUCUAAUCGACGGCAGCAUCAUCGACUGUGAUCAAAGGAUUGGUCUGGUGGCGGGCUAUAUGAAGGAUGAGGUGCGCAACCUUAGUCCCUUCUGUUUCAUGCACCUGGACGACGUUCGCUGGGUGAUUGUGGCCCUUCGACAAAUGUACGAUUGCAACAGUGACUAUGGCGAGAGCUGCUACCGUCUGCUGUCACGCAACGGGCGCUUCAUAUACCUGCACACCAAGGGCUUUCUGGAGGUCGACCGUGGCAGCAACAAGGUGCAUUCCUUUCUGUGCGUCAACACGCUGCUCGAUGAGGAGGCGGGCCGGCAAAAGGUGCAAGAGAUGAAGGAGAAAUUCUCGACAAUCAUCAAAACGGAUGUGCCCACGCAAAGCAGCAGUCCCGAUUUGCCCGCCUCCCAGGCACCGCAGCAACUGGAGAGGAUUGUGCUCUAUCUAAUAGAGAACCUACAGAAGAGUGUAGACUCGGCGGAAACGGUUGGCGGCCAGGGCAUGGAAAGCCUAAUGGACGAUGGCUACAGUUCGCCAGCAAAUACGUUAACACUCGAAGAGUUAGCUCCCUCGCCCACGCCCACCUUGGCCUUGGUGCCGCCGGCUCCGUCUUUGGUCAAGAACUCCAUCUCCAAGUCGGUGAGUGUGGUCAAUGUUACGGCGGCCAGAAAGUUUCAGCAGGAGCAUCAGAAGCAGCGUGAACGAGAUCGGGAACAGCUUAAGGAGCGCACCAACUCCACGCAGGGCGUGAUUCGCCAAUUGAGCAGCUGCCUAAGCGAAGCGGAAACAGCAUCCUGCACUCUAUCACCAGCCAGUAGUUUGAGUGCCGGCGAAGCACCGGACACGCCCGAUCCGCACAGCAACACAUCACCGCCACCAUCGCUCCAUCAACGUCCCAGUGUCCUGCAUCGAACCUUGACCAGCACGCUGCGAUGACGGGCUGACGGAACCUGGUUUGCCUUCUAAUUGGGUGUGGAAAUGGACGUCAUUGGUAGCUCACAUGGCUCACAUACAACUUAGUGUCGGUAAUAUAAUCCUAGCCAAUCACAAAGUGAGAACCCAAAAUGUAUCGGAGGAAAACGGGCAGGAGAACAUGGGUUGAAGAACCUUUUUUAUUCACAUUUGCAAACUUUGAGCAAUUAGACAUUUUAUUUUUCAGUAUAUAAUGAGUUGACUUAUAAAUGCAAUUAACAAAUCAGAACUUGUAAUCAAGCAAUUCUGUAAUUUAAUAUGGGACUUUCCGUGAUUUUUGCCUUCUACGUACUUUUCAACUUGUUCCAAACGCAUUAUUCAUUAUACAGCAAACAUAUCUAUAGGGUUACCGUAUUAUAAACAAAAUUAACGUGGUUUCAUUUGAGUUUAAAAAUAACCAUGGCUAUAUGAUGAAAGUGCAAUAUAAGCUCGCAUUUAUUUUGAUAUGAUGAUAUUAUGGCAGUAAUAAUGAUCUGAUCACGAUAAACGUUUUUCUCAAAACAUAAGCGAUACAUUUUGGGUAUAUGGCUAUUACUGUUUAUGUGUGUGAUUUCGGUAUAAAAAAAAGUAGUUUGAUUACAUGUUAUAUUGAAUGGCGAUCGUGUUGUGUGCUGCUAAAUGCGUUCCAUUAUCAAUAAUCUUCGUUAUGUAAUUACGUUUAAUUUGUAAAUAUGUAUGAGUGCGUGCGAGUGUGUGAUCAAGUGAGCAUGGGUAUGAAUGAAUAUUAGAUCAGUGCUCGGAUUUGGUUUUAGUUGAAAUUUAAGCCCCAUUUCCCAAUUUCCCAGUUAUCACCUUCCGCCCCAAAACACCAGUGUAAAAAGAGUACAAAAAAAAAAAAAAAUAGAAAACAAACAAACAAUUAUAUAUUUAUUUCGCCCUAAGUCAAGAACGUGCUAAAACAACUCAUUAAUAGUUAAACGGAAGUUGCAAUCGAUGGAAAUUAAACGUUCGAUUUUAGUUUUGCCAUCUCCCUCGAAGAAAGAGAAAGGACUACAUACAGUCAAACUUCUCCAAGUCAAAUUUAUAUUUUAUAAAAUUAUUUUUUUAUAAAUCUUAACAAAUCUUUUAUAACCCUAUGCAAAGAACACUUUUACGCGCAGCUACAUUUCAAAACAUUAUAUAGUAUUUGGAACAUUACAAAGAAUAUAGAGAACAAAAUUAGAAACUAGGAAUGCCAAAAUGUAUAUUUUAAAAUAUACAACGAACUACACCAUAUCUAUACCCUCAUAAAAGUUUGUUCAAAAUUAAAAAAAAAAAGUUCGCCACUGAUAUAAAAUCCAAUUUGCUAAAGACAAAAUAAUCACUAUAAUGAUCCAAGUUACAUGUCUAUAUUGUCUACCGGAAGAAAUACGAUACAUUUGUUGUUUAGGUUCGUAUUAGCGAAGUUUGGCUGUAGUUCAAUACUCACGGAAAGGGAGCGAGACAUAUUCCCAUCUCGCUCCAGCGUGUUAUCAAAGCCUUUGCCAUUGUCCUUGGCGUUGCGUUCUUAUCACCGGCGUAUCGGAGGGAAUAUAUGAUUUUUUUUCGGGCAAGUGGUUCUAGUGGUAAAUAGGAGGCGGUGGGUGGUUUCGGGGGGUUGCGGGCAUGGCGGAUGGUGAAGGGCGUAGAGGACGGCGGGGGUACACGUUUCGUUAUUUUUUGUUUUAUAGCGAAAUUCAUCUAGCUAUAAACGUAUGCAUAUAUACUAUUAACUUUUCGUUUAGCUCAAUUUUUUGUUUGUAUUUCUAAUUAUUACUCGGUUUGUCUAGUGUGUAAUUUAAUUAAAAGUCCAAUGCUAAUUCCCCAGCGAAUCGUUCAGUGUUUGUUUAUACGAGUUGUGCUCUUUAAACACUUUUGGCUUAUCCUUUCAUUUAAUUUUUGUUUGUUUUUCUUGCGUUGUUAUAUGUACAAAUAAAAAUAAAAGUUAAAAUUGUUUUUUUUUUUUAGCAAUUUAGUUGUAAGUGUAAUGUCAAAUGUCAAGAGGUAGACUCUGCAUAAGAAUAAUAAUGUGUAAUGUCAUUUUUAGAACUUGCUAAUCUUUAGCAAUUAAAAAGUAGCCUGUAAUUAACAAUAAUUAAUUAUAAUAACCAGUAACAAUUCAUGCAGAUGAAACUUUAAUAAAUAAUAAAUUAUAUAAAUAAAAA